AUGCACUCUGCACUGGUGCGACUGCAGAAUGUCUUCGGCUUCUUUACCACUGUCGCCUUCACCGUCGCCACCGUGAUCGCGCUCAGCAGCUUCAUCUCCCCCCAGAGUCCCACCGCCGACAUCCAGCUGCGCAAUGUGCAGGUAGUCAAGGGGCGGCCACACUACUACAGCUAUAAGAAGGAGGAGUAUGCGCACGUCAAGUUCGACUUGGACACCGACCUGAGCUCGCUCUUCAACUGGAAUACAAAGCAAGUUUUCGUGUACCUGAAAGCCGUGUACCCCGGCACAAAAUCCGAACCCUCCUCCGAAGCCAUAAUCUGGGACGCAAUCGUGGCCUCCAAGUCCGCGCCCUGGCACCAGAACCACUACAUCCACCCUUCCACCUCGAAAUCGAAACUGCCCAAGAAGUCCAAGAAAGCCCAGCUCAAGGAAAAGACCAACCCCGAAUCCCCGUAUCCCGUCGGCGAGCUCCACCUCAAGGCCCAGCGACCGAAAUACCAAAUCACGGACAUUACGGGGAAGCUACAGAACAGGCAGAAUGUCACUCUGGAGUUGGGCUGGAAUGUGCAGCCGUGGGUUGGCGCGCUGACGUGGACGAAUUGGCGGACGCUGGGCGUGUGGAAGGGGCUUGAGGGUGGGAGCAGCGAGGCAUUUACGUUCCCGGAGAUUGGCGCGAAGAAGGUCGAUGCGAAGGACUUGAAGACUGAGAAGGGCGCUGAGGGGUACAGGCUCGAGGUAGGGCAGGGAGAGAAGAGGAGGAGUGCGCAGUAG